UCCCGGUUAUCAAGCGGCCCAGAAGUGGUUUCUUAUACCACACCGAAAAAUAAAACAAAAACAAAAUAUAAACACCACACAUAGAAACAAAUGCAAACAAAAAUUACUCCUUGUACGUAGUCGUGAACGCAACUGCACCCACAGUGGCCAACAAGUAUUGCUCAGGAAAGUUUUUUGGCGACAAAAGAAAGAAAGCACACAGAACAACACAACACGUGAAUAUAAAGUAAUUAAACAAACGAGAGCCCACAAAUAAAUAGACAAGAAAAACAAGAACGAAAAAAAAUAAAUAAAUAAACGAUCAAAAAGAAGAAAAAGGAAUUGUUCUCGUGGAAUUUUUGUGAAUGAAUGAAUCUGGUUAAGAAGUCGACAUACAUACAUAGAGCAAAGCCAGUACAUACUGACAUAAGUGUCCGUCGUCGUCGCUUGUUUAGUAUAUAUAUAUAUAUGGGAAUAGGCAAGCCAGCAUAUAGAAAAUUGACUAAAUAUACAUUCGCACAUACUACGUAGAGUAUCAAUUCUGGCCACUGCUGCCGCUGCUGCUAAGUAUGAAAAUCUGAAAAACAUACUUAUUAAUAAAAGCCAUAUAAAACUUUUGAAAAGGCAUCAUUUGCUGAACGCUCGUCAAAGUGAAAAGAUAUUAAUCUUAAGAAGAAAAAAAAAUAUAAUAAAGAAACCCCCCGAAGAAAAAAUUCAAACAACUCAAAGACAAUAAAUAAAUAAAUCUAUUUUCCCUCAAAUAAAACGCCAAAUUGCAAAGCAACAACAACAACAACAAGAGAAAUAACAGCCAUCAACACCAAUCACCAAGAAAGUGCAAAACAACCAACCAACCUAGUGCUCCACCUCCUCCUCCUUCUCGACGAAUAAAGAAAGCACUAUUUAGCCACUAUUCAAGCAUCGCAUAUUAUUUGAAAGUGAUAUAAUUUUGGUGCUUUUCUGUUUUCGGCAAAAUAGAAAUAAAACUAAACAAAGAAAAAACCAAGGCAUUGUGUACGGACGGUGUAGUCGGUUUCAAAUUAUAACGGUUAUUUUUGAUUGCUGUUAACGACUCUUUUCCGUUUCAUUGUUACGCAGCAGCAACAGUGUUACAUUUGGCCGUUAGUCACUCAUAAUCGUUGCGCACAUGUGCCCCUUUCCAGUGGAGUGUUAUUAAAAUCAAGAUUUACAAAGACUUAAAAACAACAACAUCAUCAGUCACUUGAAGAGCGGUCACUCACUUACUCGCUCUUUAUUGCCCUGAUCUAAAAAACAAAAACCUACCAAAUUGCAUUUAUUAAGAAAUCAAAAAAACACCAAAAGCUAAGAAAAAUCCAUUAAGCUCAACCAGAAAUAGAGAAAAACAAAAAACCAAAACAUAAAUAUAUACAUUGUGUUAUAUCCACAACUUGUUAACUUUCUCAAAUCGAUUUGUUUGUAAGCCACACCAAAUCAUUAACAAUGGCGGAUCUAUCACACGAAUUGGGAGCACUGCGCUUCGUUGUGGAUUCACCUUUAUCUUCGAAAGUAGCUAUGUUCAAUAAUCAAGUGAGUGCCCAUAAGCAGUCUCAACUCUUAAAUCCCUUCGCCCAAACGGAUGGAAGGUCUUCCCCUAAGCCCAGUUUUUCCAAAGAUGAAUAUGGCAAACCCUUGGCAGGAAGUUUGACUGAGAUGAGAGGACAAAAGGCUAACAUUCAUGUGCUCAAAGAAAUGUUAGAGCUCUGUCAGAUAAUCGACUCGGAGGGCUACAAUGUCAAGGACGAGCCAGAAAUGCGUGUCAUUCCCUUUGGAGAGUUAUUCAAUAUUUACAAUUACAUUUCCGACAAAGUUGUGGGUAUUUUGCUUAGAGCCCGUAAACACAAACUGGUCGAAUUUGAAGGUGAAAUGCUAUUUCAAAGACGCGAUGACGAUGUCCCCAUAUUUUUGCUGAAGCCGAUAGCCGAGAUACGUCGUGAAAUGAACGACAAGAUUGAGAGCAUCAAAAGAUGUGGCAGUCCAGCACCGCAAGCUACCUCAGUGUUAUUGGAUAAAAAAGCUCAUGGUUUGGAUGUACCCAAAGGCGGCACUCCUCGCGCAUCAGUCUCGCGUACACCUACACCUCAGUCAUCAAAAGCGUCUUCUCCAGCGCGUGACCCCAACAAAACCGGCUCGACUCCCCAAUCAUCUAAAGCCCCCUCUCCAGCUCGGGAUGCCAGCAAAACGGGCUCAACUUCCCACUCCACUAAAGCUCCUUCUCCUGCUCCAGUUGCUAGCAAUGGAGCACCCAAACCAGAAACACCAAAAAUUCAAAUUAGCAGAGAUCCAGAGCAAGUUAACGAGCCCCCACCGGAGGAUAGUAAUAACGCAAGCACAGAGCCAAUCAAAGCAGAGGAAAUUGCUAAUACGCCUGCAGCACCCGAGCAAGUCCCAAAACAAAGUGAAGUUCCUGAAACACAAUCCGAAGCAACAACACCACAAAUACAAGAGCCCAAAGUGGAGGAGAAGCCAACUGAAGAUCAACCCGCGGCCACAACAGUAACAGAAACAGUAGCUGUAACGGAAGCUGGUGUUGCCGCCGUAACAAUAACCGAAGACAAAAGUGAUCUUAACAACAAUCCAGCCGAAUCAUCCGUCAUGCCCGUUGUGGUCAUCGAAGCCAGUGCCGUCUAUGUGAGGUCUAACAAUAAUGAAGCUGCUUCCCCGGAUACCGCCACAACUGAAACUGAGCCAACACCAGUGAAUGAACCAGCUGCAGCAACUGAAUCAGCGCCCUUUGCCUAAAUACACCCCACCUUAGUUAUAGUUUCCCCAUCUCAAUGAACCUCGUCCAAAAGUACAUUAGUCCUUAAGUUAAUUAUUGUCCUUUCGUAGUACCCCAAGUGUACAGAAAGACACAAAAACUAUGCAACCCUCCUAUUGACGGACCAGGCUAACUCGCUCAUCAAGAAUUGCGAGCCAUUUCUGUGGGCCAAGGUUCCCGACAUUAUGUCAUAGCUCCCAGGGUGCAGUAUUAUAAAAUGGUGUAAAUAGUGAUACCGAGUAAUUAAGUAAACAUGUAAUCGAAUUAGUCCAUCUAAUCGCCCCGCCAAUACUCCCGCUCCUCCCCCCAACCUCUCAUCCAUCCUCUGUUCAAGCUAAAACUGUUAUUAUUAAAUGUUUCAUUUCAAUCAAUCAUAUAAACACGUGUAACUGCAUAGAUAUAGAUACUAAACUACUACUACUACUACUCCAACUACAACUAUUACAUAUUUUAAAACAACAUAUUUAUAUAGACAUACCUACACACAUACAUAAUUCAUAGUGAUAUUAUUUCAGAGGAAAAUAAAUUAUUCAAUGUAAACUCUAAA